AUGGCGUCCUACGCGGUUUCCCGCGCGUUAAGGCGGGUGUCCCCAUUCUUUUACCAAAAAAGAUUGGAGUCGACUGUGGCGAGUUUGACAAAAGAUGAGAUUUUAAUACUGUUGCGGCCUCCUUUUACGAAUUGGAGCAAUGUUAUUAGAGACGCGGAGAAAGUGGUCGGAUAUCCAACUUCCUUCAUGAAUCUCAGAUGUUUAUUGAGCGACGAAUUUGCAAACUUGGCGCUUUAUUUAAGAAAAUUGGUUGGCAGCAAUCAUUUGGUGAUGCAAACAGCCAAGAACGUCUUAUACGGUGAUUCAAAAAGCCUGCAACCUUGGGGUCUUAUCAUUCUUCUGCUCUCAAAGUCAGUUAAGACAACCAGCAGUACUCCCCAAAUUAAGAAAAAUGACGAAGAUACCAGAGUGCUUGCAGAGCUUACAGAAAUGAUGAGAACUGGCCACUUAAUUCACAGAGGUAUCGUCAACGUACCCUUUGCAACAAGAUCGAAAGCCACAGACUCUGCUAUAUUUGGUAAUAAAAUAGCUAUAUUAUUAGGAGAUUAUCUUUUAGUAACAGCUAAUGGUAUGCUUGCAAAUCUAAGGAAUUCAGACGUCUCCUACAUAAUUUCAACAGCAUUAAAAGAUUUAUCUGAAGGUGAAUUCUUUGGGGAACGAGACGAGCAAAAUAUGCCUUUGCCAGGUAAACCUAAAAUUACAGGAAAAGAUUACGAAAUCACUUUCGAUACAAAUGCAAUGGAUGUUGCUGAUCUCUUGGGCAAACCAAGAAAAGAAUGGACAGCAAGAACAGUCUAUAACGGCGUAAGUCUUUUAGGACGAAGCUGUCAAUCUGCCAUGGUACUUGACAGACAAAAUAGGGAGACACAGAAUCAAGCUUAUCAGUUCGGUUGUCAUGUAGGCUUGGCGUGGCAGGCUGCAACAGAAAUUCAACAAUUAACUUCGGACAGUAAAGAACAAUUUUGCCUGGCAAGUGCACCAGUGCUGUUUGCUCUUGAUAGUAAUCCUGAAUUAUAUAAAGUCAUAGAUCAGGCUAAAAAUGACGUCAAAGACGUUGAUUACGAAGAUCUGAAAUUUAACAUUUUAAAGACUGACGCUGUUGAUAAAACUAAGACGUUAUACGAGGAACAUGCUAAAAGGGCUACUGAAUAUAUUGAAAGUAUAGGACAAAAUGAAUCAGUAGAAAUGAUAAAGAAAUUAAUAAAUACUUUUUAA